AUGUGCUGGCAGGCGGAUGCGCAGGAUCUGAGAGGCUCUAGUGCGACCGGCGAGAUGAUUGACUUGCGUGAAAGCCUCAAGAAGCGCAGAGAAGCUCGAGCGAAUCUUCCUGACAACCCCAAGAGCAAAGAGGAAGAAUCGCUAGAAAAUGGUGACAAGGAGCUGUCCUCUGAAGGCCCAGAAACCCAAGAAGAGAAUGGCGAUGUUGAUGUGUCAGUGGACAUAGGGUAUGACCUGAGGGAGGUGCUGCAGCGAAAGCGGGAUGGUCAGAAGCUUGAAUCGAAACAAACCGAUCAGAGCGUCCAAAGGACGGACAACUUGAGGAUCCACAGUGUAGACAACAAACGCUAUGUCCGCAGGGAUGAUUCGAACCUGCCGACCUCGGCGUUUCAAGAUGAAGCAGCAGAAGGAGACGCACGAGGAGACAAGUCGUUUGAGACUGCCAGAGAUCAGAUACCUGAAUCAGAUGCCCGCAACACAGAACUUUCGGCUGAUUAUCAGGCUUCCGUUAGGAGAGAUCGAUCUCCUGUAGCUGAUGUUGCUCACGGCUCAUCGGACGGCAGAAGACCUGGAAAGCGAGGGAGAAACUCACCUGCUGUAUCGCCAGAGCCUGACAACAGAGAUUUCUCCAAAAGGAGGAGGUUUGAAGUGAACACGUCUUCCACACCCGAUCGCAGACAUGGCGAUCGCUUUCGUCCCAUGCAACCAGCGCUCGUCUCUUCUCCUGGGGCUGGUCGGGGUCGGGCACUCACAACUCCAGCAUGGAAAGCUCGCGACUCCCCCAGCUUGCCGAGGGACGGUGCACCGCUGGGAGGAGAGAUGAUCAUGGGAAGGAUAAGCGCUGGGAGGAUGCCGAAAGAUCUCCAAGACGCAGACGAAGUUCGCCGGAUCGUGCUCCCUUUCGAGACCACGCCCAAAGCAGACCAGGGGCGAAGGUCGGCCAUGACGGUGGAGAAGGGAAACGUUCAAACUUUGAUGCAAGAGGUGAUCGACGGCCAGAGUUCGGACGAGGAGAAGUGA